AUGGAUAAGGCGUCGGACUUCGGAUCCGAAGAUUGCAGGUUCGAGUCCUGCCAGGGUCGGAACUUUUGGAUGGCUUCUCUGAGCAAAAGUAUCGGCAUAACUCCUGAACUGUGGAUGUUCUUGAUGCAAUGCGUUCGAGUCCUGCCAGGCUCGGAUUUUUUGGGGCGAUUUCCUCUGAGCAACCGUAUCGACAUAACUGCUGAAGUGCGGAUUUUCUUGAUGCGACACGUAACCGAGAGAUUUCUAAACAGAAAUCAAACUACGGUUCCAGAAAGGGUAUCGGAGGGCUCAACAUCAACCGAAGCUCCACUUGGCAAGUCUGAAAAGCGAGCAGUGCGGAAAGAAGUUCCGUCAACGAUCAAUAUUGGAUUACGGACCAGAAAGGGAGGCUGGAAAGAAAGCGCUCCCGGUUUAGCACCGAGGAAGAUGUUCGUCUUUGCAUCUGUGAAAACAGUAUAUCCACGUGCAAUUCUGUAUGUAUUGCCCGCACUACAUACUGGCGACUCUGGACAGGAGAAGCGUCUGAGGAGGUCGCGUCGUCAGGUGAAACGUGAUCAUGAGAACGACCGGACGCCAAGAGCGAAGGAGUUUGAGAAGGAGUGGGAUGAGAACAUGAGAAAAGCCCAUACUCUGCUAAGACAGCAUAGCGUCAAGAUGAAGUUCGCCUGUUCGGAACACCGCCAACGGAGUCGCUGUCUCACUCCACGAAUCUGA